AUGGCGGUCGAGGUGCAAUUCAAGAUUGGGCAAAAGUCGAAGCUUCGUAGCAAGAAGAAACCUUACCCGCAGGACUUUACCCACGACUGGGAGAUCUACGUACAGGGCGUGAACAAGGCGGACAUAAGCGCGUUUGUGGAAAAGGUGGUGUUUGUGCUGCACGAAUCCUUUCCCAAUCACAAGCGCGUAUUUAAGGAACCUCCAUAUGCUCUUCAGGAAUCUGGAUAUGCCGGCUUUGUGCUGUCAGUUGAAAUACACCUCCGCAACCGGCUUCGCAAAGAUCCCAAGCAAAUCACGUACCAGUACACAUUGGUUUUACUGUCGACGGGGCCGCAUCAGCAUCAUGUCGAAGUGAAGACUCACAUCUUUGAGGCCCCGUCGGAGGAAUUCCGGACAAAGCUAAUGCGCGGGGGUGGGAUUCCUAUAUUUGGUACUGUGCCCGCAGAGAUGCAUCCCGCAGACUGCUAGAGAGCAUCGUACGGCAUCGACCGCACCUUUUUGUGACCCAAAAAUAUCUGCAGAAUCCAAAUCACUAUAUACUUUUGCAAAUUAUUUUAUUGUUUUUCCGCCGUGCGGGCUAGUGUUAAGUAAAUACCUACCAGUGAGACCAUGCGGUAAAAUACCAAAAAACAAAUACUAGAAUAUACUUUAAACUAAUUUUCCAAUAAGAAUUUUUUGAAACCCAUCAAAAAUCAAACAUCGAUCAAUGAUCAGUUCCAUAUAAGCAGUAAAAUUAUUUUUUUUACUUUAUAUUAAUAACUUGGUGAAAAUUGUAUUUGAAGAAUAAAUCGCAAUUAAAUAACAGUGUA